CUUUAACCGACCGGUUCACCGUAUCGGCGACAUCAUCAUCCUCAUCGUCGAUGAGUCAGCGCGGAAACUUAGGGCGGAUUCAAUUCACACAACAGGUUUCAUUUGAUGAAUUCUGCGCAUUGUGGUCCGUAUCCAGCAAGCGCUCCCGAUCUUCAAAAUUCUGAUAGCAUCCUCACCUCCUUAACAAGAAACCCUACCUUGACUUAAACCCGUGAGCAAGAACCUGUCGCCGCAAUGUCGCUCUCACCCGACGAUACUGUCGAGACCCCCCUCCUCUCGCACGGCCCCGGCUCACCCGAACGCCCGAACCCCUCGCGGCUUCGCCUUAAGGUGGCCAACCGCAUGUCGUCAGGCGCCCCGGACCCUGAGCGGCCCCACGCCGAGAAGCACAUGGGUCAGUACGACUCUAUCAUGCGCGACGUCAUCAUCGGCUUCUCGGACGGCUUGACGGUACCCUUUGCCCUGACCGCGGGCCUGUCGUCGCUCGGCAACACCAAGAUCGUCAUCAUGGGCGGCCUGGCCGAGCUUUGCAGCGGCAUGAUCAGCAUGGGCCUGGGCGCGUACCUGGCCGCGGACACGGAGCGCCAGCAUUGGGAUGCCGAGUUUGCGCGCGAGUCCUCCGAGGUCGACACGAUGCCGGCCAUGGAGCGCGCCGAAAUCUACGACAUACUGGCAAACUACGGCGUCAGCCAGGCCGCGGCAGAGCCGCUCGUGUGCGAAUUGACGGCCGACAAGAACAAGUGGGUGCGCUUCAUGAUGGACUUUGAGCUGCGCCUGCCCGAACCCGACGUCGGACGCGCCUGGGUGUCGGCCGCCACCAUGGGAUUGAGCUAUUUUGUGGGCGGGUUGAUCCCAAUGCUGCCCUACUUCUUUCUCGACCGCGCCGAGAAAGCGCUCAUGGUAUCGGUCGUGAUCACUGUUGUCAUUUUGCUGGUUUUUGGGUUCCUGAAGAACUGGGUGGCGAUCCGGACGAGGAAGGCCGGAUUCUGGGGUGCAGUACAGACGUUGAUAGUCGGUGCGCUGGCUGCGGGGACGAGUUAUGCUAUUGUGAGGGCAUUGGAUAACACACACAGCUCUUGAGGCGAGGGACAUACGGUAUGACUGAUGAGCAGCGGGUUGGAAUGGCGUUUGUGAAGCGGGAGUGGGUUAGGCCUUCAAGGUUUGUUCCGGGUUAUUACAGGGUCAACAACCAAUUCUUGCUUGACGCAGGCCUUUUAGGUUUCAAGAUCACAAGAGUGGAAACUCAAGUGUACAUGUAGGACAAGUUUACAGCACUGUGUUCUAACCAGUAGGUCUGCAUGUUACGUUACAUAUCUAAGUCAUCGUU